GCGCCUCAGUUGUGAAUAUGCACGCGUCGCGUUAAGAUCGUCUCCAUCGUAGCCCGAGUUUUGUGCCAAGAAUCUAAAAGGUUUGCAGUAAAAAGUUUUGCGGUUGUGCUGAGUGAAAAAGUUGUUCUUUUUUUGUUAGUUUUAAAGUUUGUAUGGUGGCAAGAAGAGCCACUGACGCAAUAACAAAAACGAUAGUGCAGCGAAGAACAGUGCAUUGUAAGGCAGUUGAAGGCCUCGAUGAGUUUGCGGUUUGCUUAGAAGUGCUAAACUUUUAUUCGUGCAUGCGCCUGCGUCUGCGAGUGUGCGCGUGCGUGUGCGGUUGUAUUAAUGUGCAACACAACGCAUAUAAAAAGUGCAACAGCAACAAAUUGCGGAGGAAAGAUAAAUGUGCGGAGUACACACAAAUUGCUUUAUGUGGCAUGCCAACAAUAACUGUGACAAACAAAGUGAAAUUAUUUCCAUAUCAAUGCAUAAAUCGUAAUUAAACAGCAGCCAAGCCACCCACAUAAAUUUGCGGCAAACGAUACAGCAAUUACACACAACAAUAAAAGCAACAUACGGCACUUCAUUGCCAAUUCAACACACAACGUUAGCUACACAAUCAACGCACACGCAGUUCAGCGGCCCCGCUGCUCGAAGAACACACCACGCGCGGCCCGGUCCACUUCGGCACCGGCACUCCGCCGAUCAGGCUGAAAGCGAUUGAGCAGCGCAGCUUUUGCACGCACUACACGCGCCCUCGCAACGCUCUCGAGCGCCAAGAAUUGGCCGAGGUGCCGAUAAAUUCACCCGGUGACACAGAUUUUACGCGUUUGUUUUGAUCAGCUGCUUCGAACACGCUAACGGCAUACCGCACCUUCGCAUCGGCCAACGCGUGCCGGCCGGCAACUGUUGCUACUGAUUUCUAUCGUUGAUUCCUCGCUUCUCGCUUUUUUCGAUAUUACUUGUUCGAAAAUGUUGCGGUGUUCCAUUGGCGCGGCCCUGUUGGCGCUGCUGUGCUUUUGGCCCGCUCACUUGGACGCUUUUGUUGCGCAGUCAAUGGGCUGUCAUCACAAUGGCACUUGGUAUGCAGACAGAUCACUCGUGCCCACCGUGGAGAAGUGUCUCACAUGCCAGUGCCAGCGGAAGACGCUCGUCUGUCGUUUGAAGGUAUGUCCCGAAAUGCCGAUGCCACCGCCCCGCGGUUGUAUUGUGGUGCAGCAGCGAAACGCCUGCUGUCCGUAUCUGUCGUGCGCGCGUCUGGAUGCCUUCUACAAGAUACCGGCGACGCGUCGCAUUAUCGCUUACUUGGAUCACUACGAACGGGAGUCAAUUGAUCGCGUCGUAAACGAUAAUAUGCUGCAACGGCGCUCCGAUGACUCUGAGGUCGAUAUGUAUGUUUGCGUGAAGAACGGCACUGUGUACAAAUCCGGUUCGGCAAUGUCAUCAUCAAACCUCUGCACCUACUGUUAUUGUAUUGGUGGUACUGAGAAAUGCGUCAAGCCGAAAUGUAUGCUGCCGGUCGAAGGCUGUAAGCCCAUCUUUGUCGACUCCACCUGCUGCCCCGUGCGCUACGACUGUACAAGCAAGCCAUCCGGCAAGUCAUCGCAGGAGGUGCGCUACCGCAAGACCUCGAACAAGCAUUACCUACGCAUGUCACAGCGUCUGCAGCGCAAUCGCGGCUGCACUGUGAACAAGCAGUUCUACGUGGAGGGACAGAAAAUGCGCUCCGAUUCGGAUAAGCCGUGUGACAUUUGUUUCUGCAUACGUGGCACGCGCCGUUGUGCACCAAAGAAAUGCUCACCUGCGCUGAAGAACUGCAUACCGGUGGUCCCGAAAGGCCAGUGCUGUCCAUCCAGCUACGAUUGUGGCAGUCAGCGUGCGCAGAGCUCACGUCAAUUCAAUUUAUUUUCAUUGUUGUUCGGCAAAGAAGAUGAGGUUAAUGGCAAUGACACCAAGAAAAUACCUGCUGAGUAUCCACCAGACAGACAUCCGUCGGUGACAGUGACACACAAUCAAAAUAUAUUGGAGAAGAAUGAUGAGAAGAGCAUUUUAGACACAAUACGCGAAGGUUUGGAAAUCAUCGACGGGAAUAAUGAUGAAGUCAUUGCACAAAAUAUCAAAACUUUGGCACCUCUAACGAAAGUCGUGACUGAAUCGCAGUUAAGCACUCAAUCAACGGUGCCAGAAAACGCUGCCACUGAGGUCAGUUUCUUGGACUUGCUGCUAGGUACUGACGAGGAUGAACUGCCUACAAGAGUGACAGAAGAGGUUGCACCUGAGUUGAAAACAACUACGGGGUACGACGGUCUCUCAUGGGUAGACAUUUUGUUGGGUCCUGAUGAAGAUGAUCAGAAGCAAACUGGCACAACUGCAGGUGACAGAAUGAGUAUCUCCGAGACCACGGAAAAUUAUCAGAAUGUCCUUAAUAGCACAAGUAUCGAUCGCAUCGAUCAAGACUUCGAAGAUUUCUCUGGCAGUGGUGAGAUUAUAGUGGGCGAACCACAAUCUAGUGAGUCGAGUGAGGGUCCACUUGCCGAAUAUUCUGUUCUGCAUAAAAGUAGUAUUAGCAAAGAGACGCACGCCACACUACAAAAGCCGAUAUUGAAUAAUACUUCGGUUACCAAUUUAGUUAAGGCGGGGGAGUUAACCGUAGCCAAUACGGAAUCCCAUUUAGCAACUGAUAGCACUACUGCUGCGACAACAAAAUCUUAUGCUACGAAAAGUUCGCAACCGACAGUGUCCGUUAAAAAGACAACACCUGCUCCCAAAUCUACACAACGGCCCGCAACCAAGUCCAGUGCAAAACGCACUCAAAGUACCACUAAGCCAACACCGAAACCCUCACAGAAACCCGUUGAAUUGAAAUUCAAACCAAAAUCAACGCAAAAGCCAACCGAGAAGUUGCACAAAACUACCACUCCCCGACCUCUGAACAUUACUCAAACAGAGUUACAAAAUUCAACAGAAAAGACGAAAAAUGGUCUUCUGACUGUCCUGCUUGAUGGUCUUUCCGAUAUGCUUAGCACUGAAAAUGUAUUCAACACCACUCAAAACAAAAUGCCCUCGAACAGCACAUCUACUAUUAUAAGUACAACAACGAUACAACCGAAGGACACAAUUGUAUUGCCCACCCCAAAGCCCAAACCAUUGCCCUCAUUUAAACCGCUACCCACUGGAAAACCAUCGCCCAUGCGAAUAAACUCUAAGAUUGCAAAUCUAACUGUAACAGCCGAAAUUGCUAAAUCGAGUCUUCCAUCUAAUGUCACCGCUUUCAAACCUUUGCCAGAGCAUAUGGUCAAGUCUCCAAUUCUGCUAACGUCCACUCAAGCAUCAGUGACCACCACAACAACACCUCAGAGCAGUACAAGUAUCACUUCUACCACAACAGCCAGUAACACGACAACUGAAAAAUCAACUUCCACCACUGGCAGCAUGACAACGACGACAAAAACAACUACUGCUAGUACAACCAAUGCAGCAGCAACCUCAAGCACUACACUUAAGCCAGUACUAAUUAAUACAAACCCCACUAUAUUAGAGUCGGAUCCUUUCGACGCCAACGCUGAACCCACUUUACCACCCAGUCUUCCCAAUCUGAAAAUAAUUCCUUUUCUGCCAACGGAUGCCGUGAAAGCUGAUCGUACUAAGCCGCUUUACGACUACUAUCACAGCAAUGCGCCGACGGCGAAAAUUGACUAUGAUCAAUAUGAUGAAGGCAGUAUAUAUCCAGCCAUUACUGAGCCACACUUUCCCAACUAUCCGGAUAUAGCAGAUGCUAGUAAGGCGGAGUAUAUCUACAAGUUCAAUGUGGAGGGUCCAUCGGCACCGGUAAUGUCGUCGACUGCAGGUAAGUCGGACGGUUCAAGUGGAGGGGCAGCAGCUUUUGUGAAAUACGAUUUUGUAGGAGCGACAGAGGAGCAUAAAGGCUUCUCACCUCCAACCAAAACCGAAGGUGGUUUCGUACCCAAAGACCCACUCGUUUUAAGCGAUGUUAACGAGCAAAUCGAUACAGUACCCUACGUGGAUACUGGCUUUCAAGUAACGAAGCAUUUGAUUGACAUAACUACAGGUGACCCACUCAGAGAGAAUUCAACGAAAGUUAUUGAAAUCACUACACCUGACCCAUUUAAGGAUGUCAUUCGAACUGAACAGCCGCCCGAUCUGACCUCUCUUAUUGAAGAUAAGGACAAUAUUUUAGUUCACAAGCCCAUACAACUACAGCCACCCAAGUUGUUUGAAGACCCCGAGAAUCUAAGUCAGUCUCUUAUACACAUUACCACUGCAGUACCACAGUCAGCGAAUGACGAUGAGUCACCACCUCCUACAAUGUUCGCCACAAUCAUUAAUGAACAUAAUGAUUUGAGACAGCCAAAUGAGGAACACAAAAACACUAUUGCGUCCUUUUUGGACUUACUUUUGGGUGGCGAACCCGAUUCGGCUGUGAGUCAUACUGCGGAUAAUUUGAGCCCGAGCAGUAGUACAGUGCCUCCUUUUAAAACUUUGCCACAAGCUUCGCUGGAACUUUUUCCCAACAUUACCACCACAUCUGCAACUGUAAAGCCAAAGAGAGUGGCAACAACAACUAUAGUACCAAUAAACUCAACGGCAACAAACACUACGAAACGGAUUGCUGUUAAGACAAACUCUAUCGCUUCGUCGGUCCCCGCAUUCAGCAAGUGGAAUGGAACUGCAACUGCUGCCAACAACAACACUAAGCCUAAGCUAAAACCGAAAACACCCGCAACACAAAAAAACCAUGCGGGCGCCACAUCCACUACCAUAACAACAAAGACUUCAUCAACAAUGCGUCCAAAAAGUACUCGACCAAAAUCGGGCUCGACACGCCGUCAUACAACAAAGACUCCCAUCGCUAUAGCGGCAAGCCAAAAGCGAAUGAACAACACAAUGGCUCUGCGUAACCCCAAUAGAAAUACCACUACCAGUCCGCUGCCACCAACAGUAUCACAAAGCACGGCGCCCGCAAACAAACCGCUGCAGCGUUCACCAUUUGAUACGCUGCCCUUUAUGGACACUAGCUUUGAGGUUAAACGCACUACCGAACGUCCAUUUGUUGUCGGACAACACAUCGAUGGUGACUUUUUGGGCCUGCUGUAUUAUAAGAAUUCACUGAAUCAGGUCGAAGGGCUGGAACAGGCACGCGGAAGUGCUCUGCAAGGUGCGUCUUCAUUCAGCAGCAAUUCCACGGAGCGGACGACUACAACAACAACGACGGCGACAAGUGUACCUUUGGUGCAAAGAAACAUCGAACAAAUUAUUUCGGCGACAGCGUCGGCACCAGUCGCUUUAGACGCACUCGCAGCGUCAAAUCCACUGGAAGCACAACAAACCGCCUCAAACAGUUUAAUUGAUCCGUCGGGUGUGCUCAAGCUGGCCGGCUGCAAUAUCUACGGGCGCAUGUAUCGGGUUGGUCGCAUCAUAUUGGAGUUGUCCAGCCCGUGCUUGGAAUGCAAAUGCACCGAGGUGGGCGUGAAGUGUGGCCAAUUAGCUUGUUAACUGACCGUGUGGAUGCAAUGUGUGGUUAUAAUAAUUAAGAUUGAUUAGUUGUAGAAGUGCAUGCGCGAAGCAGUAAGAAUAUUUAUUCCGGAGUGCGGCGCAGUUGGCGUAUGCUAGGUGGCGCCCGAUCUUUAGCUUUAGUUUGAUAGGAGAAGACGGAGACAAAAGCAUUUGGUUUCGUGAAGAGUGAGACCAAUUUGUUUAUGAGUAUUUUAUCUUUAACUUUAAUGUGUAUGUGUAUAAGUUGUAUAUUUAGCGAGAAUAUAUUUAUAAAAUUAGUCACUUAAGCUUAGUAGUAAGAGAUUUUAAUUGAGUUCGAAGCGAAUCAAUCAGAAAAAUAAAUAUAAUGAGUUAUCAUAAUACUGUGAUUUUCUAAUGCUUAAGCCGAAGUUCUGCAAAAGACAUUAUGGAGGGUGUUGGCGGUUACAGGUUCAUAAAGGAAACACUUUGUCGUUAAAAUAUUUUAGUUUGAGGUUGCCAAAUGGCGUUAAGUUUUUGUAUAGGCAAAUGCUUAAAUUUGAUUUCAUUUCAACCCAAUAUGUGUACACACUUAACCAGGGCCUUCAAAUCACACGGCUACACCUGCUGGGUAAUAAAUACUUUUCACUUACCCAGUAAGGAAAUUCAUAAUGUUUUGAAAUUGUAAAAAUAGUUUAUUCGCACGGAAUACUAAUGAAGUCUAAUGCUAUUCGGCCUCAAAUUUCGAUAUUAUAUCGUGAAUGAUUACCUAAACUGAUGUUCGCAUAUACAAUGAAAUAUAUCAUAUAUUGUUAUAUUCAUUUCAUAUACUCAGCAAGCAGUAGUAGGUGGCAUAAUGACGUCUGAUCACG